CAGCGGAAGGGGGCCGGGCCGAGCUAAGAUGGUGGCCGACGGCGCUCGGGCUCUGGCCGUCCCCCUCCCGGGAGGGACCCCCCGGCCUGAGGUGAAACCUGUGGCUAAGAAUUUGAAUUUCUGCUUGUUUGGAAAUGCAGCACAUGAAAACAGGGGCUGUGGGGACCUGCUUACACAAAGUGAAGCAUUCUAUCAUUACAAGCCCCAGGUAAACGGCACUAAGCCAGAAAUGGAUGCACAGUUGUUCUCGCCACUGUUCGGAGGGAUCACGAAUACACCACCCAAUGUGGAGUCUCCCCAGUUAUACAGUAGCUGGUCGACAUGUGCCGAUGACACCACGGGUGUUGGUUCAUUGCAAGAUUGCACCAAAAAAAGGGCACAGAUAAACCUGUCGUACUCCGGCAGCGGGCCUGACAUGUUUGGUUUAGUGUCAAGCAUCCUAGAGGAACCGAACAAGCAAGAACCUGUAACAGACUGGAACUCUCUUUCAAGAUUGUUUCCACCCAUGCGGUCAUCAGAUCCAGAGAACAGUUUCUCAGGGCUUUUUCCGAAAAAUAUUUUGGAAAACAAAGAUCUCACUAACUCAGUUGGCACGUUGCACCCUUACGAAGAAAACACGAGGGAGUCAUCCUCCGCAGAGUCGUUAAAGAAAGACCUUGACAGUUUCCACCUUACAGGAACCUGGCACGUGCUCGCCGAUCCUUGCCCUCGGUCUCCCGAAAAGAUGUUCAGGGAUGCUGGUCCCACAAACAAGGUUUUCAAACGGCCUGGGAUCAAUCAAAACGACAGUCUAGAAUAUCAGAACAUGCAUGGUUAUGACAAGAAGCAAUUAAAUACCGACGGUGGGAGGAAUCAUACGGAUUUUAACACUUUCUCAUCUCAAGUUAGAGGAAAAACUGGUGCAGAUAAAGAAUAUUCCAAAACGGAUCAAGCAAGAAGAGUCCUUGGGGGAAACGAUCCGGAAGGACCGAGCCAGUACUUCAGCCAGCCGUCUAAUAAUCCUGCCGUCCAGGGCAUAUGGGACCUGUUAACCCAAGGAAACAACUUGUCUCCUGCAAGAUUCGCAGAUUUCACCACUGCUCCUGAAUCACAGCAGUUUGGUUUCCCACCCCUAUACAUUUGCAGUCCGGCGUCUACAAAGAAACAGCUUCCCUGAUGGAACGAAUACAAAAUUGCAGGAAGCCUACCCGCCGAACACCCGUAAUGGUAUUAAUACAGAAAUAGCCUUUGGUAACGCUGAAUGUAAAG